AUGUAUUGUUCCGGAAAUCCUUGUCAUUCCCCACCAUCCAGUGGUGAAUUCUACGACUACCAAUAUUGCAAUCCUACUCCAGUUCCUUCCCAUGCAGGAGAACAAAGACCCACAUGCCAGUAUGCUAUGCCAAAAACUGAGAGCAAUCAAAACUUCCGGAUUUCGCACGCACCUUCACCAUCUAUGUCGACAAGUUCUGGUUGUUCAAAAUCUCAAAGCGAAAGCUCAGAAGAGGAAAUUGAUUUCGUACAUCGACUACCACCACACAUCGAAACCAAGGUAACAACGCAUCAUGCCCCUGAUGAUCUCUUACAUAAAUCGGUUGAGGUCUACUUUCCGCCAUCUUCACUGAAUCCUCUACACUUCUUCAAAAGCACCAAACGUGACCGAAAUGCUUUGGAUAAGCGAAGAGUGCACAGGUGUGAGCAACCUGGAUGCAACAAAGUCUACACAAAAAGCUCGCAUCUUAAAGCACAUCAGAGAAUUCAUACAGGUGAAAAGCCAUAUUUCUGCCAAUGGCCAAAUUGCACAUGGACAUUUGCGCGCUCCGACGAACUCACGCGACAUUAUCGUAAGCAUACCGGUGCAAAACCGUUUCGAUGCCCCGAAUGCUCCCGAUGUUUCGCCAGAAGUGACCAUUUGCAGGUAACAAGGCAAUCUUCACGAUUUUAUAUCGAAAACUCCCGAUGUACCUAG